CUCCGACUGCUCCGACGAUAUGUGUUGCCGAACCUCGGGCGGUGUUGUUGAGCGGCGUGCUAUCGUGUCCAAUUCUAGUACACAAACGGAAUUAUGAAAACGUGUGCCUUUGCUUACUAUAUCGGUACGGUUACUCGCGCCUAAGUUACUCACGUAGCCGAUCCGAUGGAGGUGUACAUUUGGAAAGGUGACUGGGGCCUGCCCAGCAUCGACACAGCGUGCUUGGAAGUUCUGGCGUACGCGAAGUUUUCUGGGGCGCCGGUGAAAACCAGAGAAGUUCGUCGACCCUGGUUCGGAUCGUUGCCGGUGAUGCGACAUGGGCCCGAGACGAAGCUCACCAAGUUUCAAGAUGUCGUGGCCUACCUCCGAAAACAGAAUUACAGCGCGGAUGUAAAGCUGACACCACAGCAAGCUUCAGAUGCAAAGGCUUACAUUGCCAUGCUAAGACAAAAACUCAAGCCCGCUUUGCUCUACCAAUGGUGGGUCGAUGCACAGAACUAUGUGGAGCUCACAAGGCCCUGGUAUGCAAAGGCUCUCGGCUUUCCCUUCAACUACGUAAUCCCUGGACAGAUGCAGCGUGCUGCCGCUGCUGUUCUAGACUCAAAACUGCAAGGCUUUGACCUCGAAGGCGACCAGGCACAGAUUGCGCUUUUCAAGGAAGCGCAGGAGUGCAUGACGACGCUGUCGCAGCGGCUUGGAAAAGAACAGUUCUUCUUUGGCCAGAGCCCCACUUCCUUGGACGCCAUUGUGUUUGCCCACCUGGCUCCUUUGCUGCGUGCACCAUUUCCAAACUGCGCCUUGCAGAACCACCUCAAGGCGUGUGACAACUUGGCGGCAUUCGUUACCAGAAUUACGCAGCGAUACUUCUCUGUCAAGGAUACUGGCAGUGGAGACUCGGGGGCUUCAAAGGUGUCAUCAGAGGAGUUCUCCUUCUCAUGGCUCAACUCACUGAUAUCAGUUGGUGUGGCCACAGUCGCCAUGGUUUCAUAUGCUCUGCUAUCAGGGCUUGUGCAAGUCGAGUACACGGAAGAAGAGCCACCGCCCAUGGACAGUAGGGACAAGACAACAAAGCGUGCUUCAGAAUGACAGUGUUUAGAGACAGUGCAUCGCGUAGUACUAUGGUGUCUAACCCUGUGCAGGACUGUGGUGCAGGGUUGCAUAGUAUGAAUGACUUUUCAAGCAUCGGUUCACCUCACUGCCUGACUGACAGCGACGACUUGCAAUGCUUCUGAAGAGACGUUGCUGCACACAAGUGACGUGAUAAUUUGUGUGUGUGCCUGCGGCACUCAUUUGCCUUGGAACUGUGCCCAAAAAGUGUGCGUUUGUUUGACCAGCAGAAGCACAUCAGCUAGAGGAAUUUGCGAAUGCCAACAACAACAGUGCAAGAAACUUUGUUAGUGUUUGAAGAGUGUAGAUGUAGGUAACAAGAAGCACAGAAGGAAAGAUGACUAACAGUGUAAACUGUGGGGGGGAGGCUAGCUGAAAUAGGUAUGAUGUUUGUUUCACAUUCAUCAAGCGACAGUAACGCAUUCUUGCGAUUGUGCCAGAAUGAUGCAUCCUUUCAGCAUGAAGGCAUGCGAUGAGCUAGUCCUUGCAUGUACAGGCACCUAGCUAUAUCCAUCGUAAAGGUCUGUUGUUAAAUCGCCGCUUGAUGGGUAGAGGAAGUCACCCAAUUUUAGAAACAAUGUUUCAUUCGUAUUUACGGCAAGCGCCACUUGGUGUUUUAGAACACACCGGAAUAUUUGACCAUGGGCUGAGAUUUUGUAAUGUAUAUAUCCUCUGGAGAACAUACCAAGCCCCAGAAGUUGGACCUAUACCUAUAGAGCAAAAUAAAAAGAACUACCGAGCGUUGCUUUGUUACAACAUGAAAAAAAUAUUUUUAUCACAAGACAAGACAAGCUGGUAGAACUUAUGUCUUGCCUUAGCACAAUGAAAAAAAAAAGAAAUUGGGGGGGGGGGGGGGAGGCAGGUAGGGUGAAUGCUCUGCACAACACUUUUGCUGCUGUGUAUAAGCCAAACAUCAUUUUACUGUGUUACCAUGCAUGCAGUGGCAAUUUGACAAGCUGAAAAAGUAGUGUGCUUUCACUGGUUUUACAUGUUACAGUGGCAGCUGCAUACUCAAUCAUGGGAUUUAAUAUUUCAGUGCCACUGGUACAUAUUUAUCAACAAUGCAUGCAGAAAUUCUGUAGUCUGCUUGAUACCAUAUUGUUCUUCAUUAUUCUUUGUUGGAGUAGGGCACCGAGCGCUUUUUUUUUUAGCUAGGUAAAGAACCCCAGCUGUUGGAAAUUUCCAGAGACCUCUAUUAUGGCGUGCCUCAUAAUCAUAUGGUGGUUUUGGCACAUCAAACCCCAGCAAUUGUUAUAUUCUAAUUAAAGCAAUAUGGUAGCAGUUUCAACGGAAUUCAUUUUUGAGAAUUCGCUAGCAAAUAUACAAUGUGGAUUGGGCAUAUUAAGGAGUUAUAUGUUGUAUUAGUCAACAGCAUACACGGUGAACUUUCAUUUAUAAUGAAUUCAUUAAAAGUGCAAAAUGCUCCAAGUUUUAUUGAGAUAAACUCAAAGGGGCAGCUGUAGUGAUGCGCAAAAUUCAUCCUAAUGCAGCUCAAGUGAAUAGAAUAUGUAUGUGACCAUGGAAAAAAAAAGCCUUUUAUGCACUGUGUGGUAGCGUUCUUAUUUAUGUUACAAUAAAAAAGAAAUGGAUACAAAUAGUGUGUAGACUUCUAUGAGGUGCUUCAAAUGUUUUACUUCUCUCACCUUGUGCAAAAUAUCCUGUUAAACUACAUCCACAUCAGCAGCACUCAAGUGUGUUGCUAAGUAAACGGAUGGUUUGUGUUUCCAAUCACUUUAAGCGUGCAAAUUGACGUAAUCACACAUGUUCAAUCGCUUAUCUGUGUUUUUAUUUCAGACUGCCGUGACAUGUCCUAAUUUCUUUUCAAUAUUUUUUUUUCCUGUUUCUACUGCACCUACUUUGUGGUAAAUCAGUUCUGCAGAAGCCCCCAAAGUGUAGGAAAGUUAAUGAAAGGGAAAUACGAUCAUUUGUCUAUUCAUAACAUGAGGCUACAGAGAAAAUCCAUAUGGAUUUCUGUAUAUGCAUACGUAUCUCUGUUUUACGAGUGGAUGGAUGACAACUUUUCCCUGUCGUAGACCCACUUUGUGCAUUUAGUCUGAUCUAACGCAACUGAAAUUGGUACCAUGCUGUCACAAUUUGCAAGUGAUCCCUUGGAAUGUGCCUCUUGUCUCAGACAUCUGAUCCGGCAUCAGAAUGUGAUGAAAUAGUAAGACGUAUAGUUGUAGUACUAUAGCAGUGAGACUUAGGCUUUUUGCAUCGACCUGAGUGGAACAUGGGAAAGCAGAGAAUUCUUGGCACUCCUUCAUGCAGUUCUAUGGAGUUUUUUCAUUGGCCUGUAGCUCUGGCCCUAUUUAUGGGCAAAUGUCAAAGUACACUCACAAGUUGGUAUAAAGCAUCCACUGACUACGAGUCCUUCUUGGAUGACUUUGCCAAGUGUUCAACUUGUAAGUCCUCAGAGUCUGUCGAUAGUAAUAAAUUAACAUUCUCGUACUGUUGGCUAAUCGUACAACUUGGCAUAUAGGUCUAGUGUAGUCCUGUCUAAGACACACUAUUGCACAAGUAGGGACCAUGUCAUUUUAUUUCAAAUAAAGUGACCUUGGUGUAAUGAGGGUUCGUUGCAUUUCUGCUUAUAGACUAGACUAUGAAUUGCUGCUUUGGAGUGUUGACAAGUCAAAUAGCAAUAAAUGUACUUACGAUAGGCCACUGAACUUUUUCACCAGCAGUUAGGCUUCAGUUCACAUGGCAACAUUCAGUUCUACAGUAGUUUACUUUUAAUUAAUCAUUUUAAUUUACAUUUGCAUGACUAAGUCAGUGCAGUUCCAAAUGUGACAAGUGCAGCUGGGCAUGCACCACUCAUUCUUUUUUU